AUGACUGGGAGCCAAUCCUCCAAUCAGAGUCACAGGAACAAGGAGAACUGGCGCUCAUCACGAGACUCGCGUAGACGAUCCGCAUCACCUAGAACAGGGAGGGACGCUCGCCAACACUCAACGUCCCCAAGAACAGGCAGGAAUGCACGCCGUCCCUCAUCUCCCGACCCGAACAAGCGUUCGCGGCAGGAUUUUCGAAGCAGCGCAAGUGGAAGCUCCCUAUCCGCUUGCGCAGUGUGUUUGGGAAGGCAUCCCCACCGAAUCGUCGAAUGCAAAGCGACCAAGACUUGGGACAAUGCAGCCGAUACUAUCUGCACCCGAGUCAGCAAGGUCCUCACCAUGCGGGAUGGUCGCCCAAUAUGCAGCGACUGGCAAAGAGUCGCCGGGUGCAGCGACACCACGCACGACAAACGACACUUCUGUUCUGGAUGUGCUGCCUCCUCUCACGGAGUGCAGACGUGCGCUCGAGCGCAGAAAGCUUAA